CGCGCCGUGCGUGCGGUGGGGGCGGAGCGGGGGCGGCCCUCGUAGCCGGCGGCUGCAGGGACUAUCUGGGAGCCGCUGGUGCCCGGUAACGGAGGCCGCCGGAACCACCCGGGCCCAGCCCGCGCCCCGCUCCGGGACCAUGGAGAUCGGCACUGAGAUCAGCCGCAAGAUCCGGAGUGCCAUUAAGGGAAAAUUGCAGGAAUUGGGAGCUUAUGUUGAUGAAGAACUUCCUGAUUAUAUCAUGGUAAUGGUGGCUAACAAGAAAAGUCAAGAGCAAAUGACAGAGGACCUUUCCCUUUUCCUAGGGAACAACACGGUUAGAUUUACUGUAUGGCUUCAUGGUGUAUUAGAUAAACUUCGUUCUGUAACUACUGAGCCUUCUAGUCUAAAAUCUUCUGAGACCAAUAUCUUUGAAAGUAGUCUGCCUUCAAAUAAGAGCGGUUUAGGUGGAGGAGAUGAAAGAAGACACGAGGACACAUUGCUACCUCUUGCUGUUUCUAGCACUCGAUCUGAAAAAAAUGAUUCCAGAGUUUCUACAAGUUCACAAGAUCACAGAACCUCUGCUAUCAGGCAGCCUUAUGAUGAUGGAACUGCAGCUCGACUAAUGUCAACAGUGAAGCCUCUUCGAGAGCUAGCCCCUUCUGAAGAUGUAAUUGAUAUUAAACCAGAACCAGAUGAUCUCAUUGAUGAAGACCUGAAUUUUGUUCAGGAAAACACUCUCUUAUCCCGGAAAAAACCCAUAGUGACAGUUACAUACAGCUCUUCAAGGCCUACUGUUGAAAUCUACCGGCCUCCAGGAAGUCGAAAUACAGAUGGCAGUGCACAUUUACACAGGUUGCAUUUGCAGCAGCAGAACAGUAUUCAGACUGGCAAACAGCUAGACAUACAGACCAGCAGGUCAUUUGAAGCAAUACAUCUUUGUGAAUCAGAAGCAUUUAGUGGCUUAGCAGAGACCUAUAGACCUAUCACCAAACCAAACUCUGAUAAAAUAAGCAAUGAGGAAGAAAACUUUCGGAAGAGAAAGUUACCUGUGGUAAGUUCAGUUGUUAAAGUAAAAAAGUACAAUAAUGAUGGUGAAGAGGAAGAGGAAGAUGAAGAGUAUGGAUUACGUAUAGGAAGCGUGUCUAGCAGUGUGUCUGUGCCAGCAAAACCUGAAAGAAGGCCUUCACUCCCACCAUCCAAACAAGCUAAUAAGAACCUAAUAUUGAAAGCUAUAUCAGAAGCUCAGGAAUCUGUUACCAAAACAACCAACUAUUCCACAGUCCCACAGAAACAGACGGUUCCAGUUGCUCCCCGAACUCGUACUGCUCAGGAAGAAUCUCUAAUUGAAGUGGUCCAGGGGCAAAGCAGGCUCCCCAGAUUAAGUCCUCCAAUUCAACUCGACGAAGCAAAAGAACAGAGUUUAGAAAGAAUUCAAGGAGCUCAACAAAGGCAGUUGUUUUCCCGACUGCAAAUUGACCCAGUAGUGGAGGAAACUUUACAAAUGAGUCAAGAUUACUAUGACAUGGAAUCCAUGGUCCACGCAGACACAAGAUCAUUUAUUUUGAAGAAACCAAAGCUGUCAGAAGAAUUGGUGGCGACACCAAACCAGGAAUCUGGAAUGAAGACUGCAGAUACACUUCGGGUUCUUUCAGGACGCCUCAUACAAACACGAGAUCUUGUACAACCAGAUAAACCUGCAAGCCCCAAGUUUAUAGUGACGCUGGAUGGUGUCCCAAGCCCCCCAGGAUACAUGUCGGAUCAAGAGGAGGAGGACAUAUGUUUUGAAGGAAUGAAACCAAUAAACCAAAAUGCAUCCACAAUCAAGGGAUUAAAAGGCCUCCGCCCGCAACAGUCACAGUUGAUGAGCAGGCAGCUUGAUGACCCAGAUGGUAGUUUUUCAAAUGUUGAGAUGAGUGAAUUGAGUAUCACACAGAAACUGGAGAAACUGCCAGAGCGCUGCAAGUAUUGGCCUGCCUGCAAAAAUGGGGAUGAAUGUGCUUAUCACCAUCCAACUUCGUCCUGCAAAGCCUUUCCCAACUGUAAAUUUGCUGAAAAAUGCUUGUUUAUUCAUCCAAACUGUAAAUAUGAUGCAAAAUGUACUAAACCAGAUUGUCCCUACACUCAUGCAGUAGACGAUCCCAGUGCGUGCAUGCCUCCCAAACCAGCACCAACGCCAACACCAACAUCUUCCAGUAGUCAGCUUUGCCGUUACUUCCCUGCUUGUAAGAAAAUGGAAUGUCCCUUCUAUCAUCCAAAACACUGUAGAUUUAACACUCAGUGUACGAGACCUGACUGCACAUUUUACCAUCCAGCAAUUACUGUGCCACCACGUCAUGCCUUGAAAUGGACUCGACCUCAAACCAGUGAAUGACAACCAGACAUAGUAGCUAGAAGAUCAUGGAUUUUAAAGCUCCCAUCUUUGAACUCUACUGGUGAAAGACAUUCUACAAAUUUAUCAGAUCUUUUGAACUUGGAAUAUAUUGUUUUCAUAUAUGAAGUUUGUUGCCUAUUUGAAGUGUCUAAUUUUUCAAAUUUGUAAGUUUUAUUAAGUGGUUUUAACAUGGGUUUUUUACUAUGAAGAGAAGUCAGUGUAGGAAAAAAAAAACACUUUAAAUUCCAUUAAAACAUUUUGAGGCAUGGUUGUAUCCUGCUACUUUGAGUCCCAGUGUUUAUAAAAUUAGAAUUUGAGUGUGGUGUUAUCUAAAGUAAUUAAAAGACUGUCAUUUUUAUGAGCCCUAUAUUAGUGCUAUGUAUAUAAACAAUUGCUCUAACCAGUUUGAAAUGAGCAAGGGAAUAAUACUAAGAAUAAAAAUAGUGUUGGGUGAAACAUCAAGCGAUUUUUUUUUCUCCCCAUUUUGCAAAGCAUGGAAAUAGAUGUAGACUUUGCGGUUUAAAUACAGCCUCAUUGCUUUGGAAGGUAUUUUUGAAAGUCAGAUGUGAUCCACUUACCUGAGUUUUUUUUCCAUAGCAAAUUUGCUACCAAAAGAAUAGAAGGGGAAGGCUGUUUGUUUGUUUGUUUUUAGUAAAAACAUUUAGAAUGGUAACUACAAAAAUGUGUACAAUGUGCAAUUCUUUAAAAUGUUCAUUUACUAUUAAGUUAUAUGCUUUUUUCAGUAAAUCUUUUGGGGAAUGACAUUUUCACAAAAAAUAUACAAAAGAAUUUUUACAAGUAUAUACACAGGAUAUCAUAAAACAGUUGCUACACAAUUUAAACUCUGCUUUAACAAAUAUAUAGCUAUACAUACAUCUUCACAUUAUGAAAAAUUAACACCAGGAAAUUAUAUUUGUGUGGACAGCAUACUUGCAGGGUUUUUUUAUAAAGGAGAUCUGAAUUAUACAUUUUAAAAUUACAGGACUACAAAGUUAAUUGUAAAGGAUUAAAUGCCCAAAUGGAUAAAGAGGAACAUAUUAAAAAGUAAUCCCUCCCAUGUUUUAAAUAAACCUUUGGGCCAUUUAACAUACAGUGGGGAAAAAAAGCUCCAUUUGGUUAAAAGCAAAGAUUGUUAUACAUACAUCAGAAUGCAACGCAAAAGUUACAGACCAUUGGCUUUGAACAUUCCUGUUCAGUUGAAGGAGAGAUGGAAACGUUGAUUUUCAACACAUUUGAAUAUAGAAGGCAAGGAACUUACAGGGUUAAAUUUUUUCCCCCUUAUGUAGGUUAAUUUAAAAGUGUAUAUUAUUAACUUGUAAUCUAUUUUCCAACCAUUGAGUUGCUUAGAUAAGAUACUGGCUUGGUGCAUCUUACAGAAAGUGAGCAAACUACCAUUUAAUAGUCUCCUUUAGAAACUUCCUUGUUUCACAAAAUGCAGAAAAGUGAGAAUUGAAUUGCUAUGCUAAUUCUAAUGGCAUGAUUCAACAGGAAAGGAGAAUUGGACUAAAAAUACAUUUUUCCUGUAUGCAGAGUUUUUAUAGCACCCCCAAACCCCCCGAAAACAUUAUAAAGCUGCUUGGUUUCAGGGAAAAGACAGAGUUCCCUUACAUUCUUAUUAAACUAAUCUACUAAACUUAAUGACAGUUAUUUUGAGAAACAAGGCCUUCCAAAAAUGAUUUAUAAAGUAGAAGGUGAAUAAACAUUUGGUUUAAAUAGUCUAGCCAUUUGAAAGAAAUUUAGACUGUUCUGUACAAAAGGAGGAUUAUCUUCACCCAUAUGUAUACUUAAACAAAAAAACCAAACAGGUGAACAGCUGUUGGGACUUGAAUAAAUUAUCAAAAAUCAUACUAAUAUGCUAGAAACUAAUUAUUCUUGACUUUGAAAUAGAAUAACAUUUUGCUGCUUAAGUAAACAACAGAACUGCUUUGUUUUUUUACUUAGUCACUAUGACAAAAAAUUACACAUAAAACAAAUGCUGGGUAAUUUUACAAGUUUGAUCCAGAAUUAACAAGAACAGAGGACCAAAGAAGGGAGAUGGUUUUGGUCUGACAGUAGCACAGUGAUUGGUACAGAGUGCAUAGUAGGCUUUGGCAGGCUCGUGUUUAUAAACCAGUGGAAUCACAGCUAACAGGAAAUCAGAUUACAAAUCAGCUUGAUAAAAUGAACCAGAUAAAUCACGUCAUGCACACAAAAAUAAUUUUCUGGGUUUUAAAAACAAAACUGGAAAAGAUUCUAAUAAAAUAUGGCAGUUUAUCCAUGUGACCUGCCAAAUUGUAUCCUCCCCACAAUUGAUUUUUGAAAAUAUAAUUAGCAACAUGGUUUUAAGCAUUAACUAAAGAGGACUUGAACAAUAAUUAAGGCUAUCUUGUAUCUGCCAAAUUUUAUGGGUAUAAAUCACGAAGUCUGUAACAUAACCUGAAAAAGGCAUAAGGCUCCUGAUUUUCCAGAAUAGCUCAUUCCUGAUUGAGGCUUACUGAAGGGGGGAAAAAAUCUCUACUUUCUUUCAGUACUAUUUUUUUUUAACGUCUGGGAUACAUAGAGGAAAUUUGAGCAUGCUACUCAGAACUGUCUUGUAUUGACUUGUGAUACUUGGACAAAUACAUUCCUGUUAUAAAUUCAUCAGUUAGACUCGUUAAAAACUCAAGUGAUGACUUCAGUACUGCAGCUAUGUUUCUUACCUAUUUAAGAGGCAAUUAAGAUCUAUUAUUUAAAAGACAAAGUUGAUUUACCCCCAUAGCCUAACAUUUUUACUAUUGCUUAACUGACAUUAUUACUAAUUGGAAACACAUCUAGUUCUGUGCUGAUUGAAAAUUAAAAUUUUCAAAAAGAACUCUCUCAUUGAGCAAUUUAGGAGACUUAAUACUUCUUGGGAACCACUAUAUUGUUUGAGAAAUUCAUGUUAGUUGAGAAGUGCUUAAAAGAUUAAGAAAAUGACUGAAUCCUAAAACUAGUUUUAUCCAGGACUUAGGAGCAUCCAUUGAUAUUAGAGUUUAUAUGAAUAGGGGACAUAUUUCAGCUAUCUUUCCAAAUAAACUUAUGGAUCUGGGAAUGCGAUUCAGAAUUUCUAACUAUUUAUGUCUUAGUAAUAGAGGAUCUUAAGAUGAAUAUUCACCUGAUAGUUUUACCUCAGAGAACGAUUUGAUCCACCUUUGUCACAUAAUUAGAUAAUUGCUCUCAGAAUUUCACAUACAGCAAAUAUUUGCAUUGUUCAGAAAGUAAACUCUUAUUUUUUGCUGCACUGAGCCAAUCUUGGAAGCAAGUUAGAUCACAUCUGUACGCCUCAUUAAAUUAAGCCACUGGGAUACUAUCAAUGCACUUUUGCAUCAACUCAAAAACAUUGUACCCUAGUGGUUUACUGUAAUAGUCUAUAUCCAAGCAUCUGUCUUAAGCAUUUGGGGAGGCGGUGAGGGGAAGCCAGCUCAGUAUAGAUUUUUUAAAGUAGAUGCUAUAAAGAUUUUCUGAAAUAAGAUUGGGCUUUAAUUUUACAAGUAUGUUAUUUGUCCUUAGAAGCAAGUAAUGGAAACAAUAAGUAUUUCACUCAUUAGUCUAAAUCAGCAAAGCAGUAAUUUUAAUGUGCUUAGCUUUGAAACAGAUCAAUGUUAAUUUGAUUUAGUAUUUAAAAAAAAUAUUGGAAACCAGCCUAUGUAAGAUUGCAUGAAUCUUCCCAACUGGGGGGAGGGGAGGGAGGGAGGAGAAUUUUCCCUCACUAAAUUUAUGCCAAGGGUUUAUCAUAACCAGUGAAUUUAUUUUACAUUCAUACUUAUUAAAAAAUAAAGUUGCUGUGAGAUAAUAUUACAAGUUCAGUUAAAAUUGUAUUAGAGUCCCAAGACUGAAAGAAACCUCAGAGAGACCACCUAAAUCUUAGCAAAACAUUAAUCAGUAUGGCUUUUAAACAUCAAGUCUUCCAGUCAAGUUCUAUUCCUGUCUAAAAUUUCUAUUAAAUUUAAAAUCUAAUUUUACUGAGUUAGCUUUAUUUCUUCCCCAAAUAACAUGACAAUCAUCACUCCAAUUUUCUGUUAUUUAAACUAUUAAUUUUUUUUUUAGUUUACAUAAUUUCUGAACCUUAGGAAAAAGGUGAUGAGAGCUCAAAUAUUGUGGGACUAUGGUAAUAUCUUAUGCAUCUGAUGUUGAAAUCACCACAGGUUUAUUCACAAAGCAAUCACAAAGUGAAAAACAAUUAUUUUUAAGUCAGGGCAAAAAUCAAAUUACUAAAAGUCUAUGAGAGCAGCUUCAUGUAUAUUUAGCAAGCACUGAUUUACCAGUCAUAUCCACCAGUUGUGGAUAUGACAUUUCUGAAUUUGUAUUGGCUUCAGUUUUUAUAAAGAUAUUUUUAAAGCAUUCUACCAUUUUCUCUAGGAAAAUUUACUAUGUGUCAGACUUUAGUUUGAUGCUGAAAUGAAUAAGAAAGUUGCAUUUUUGAAAGCAUAUAUUUCACCAGGUAGCUUUCAAAAAUAUUUUCAGCUUCACUGACCAUUUUUAUCAGUGUUCAUGCUUCCAUCAGAAAUGGUGUUUUUUUUUUUGGAGGGGGAGGAAGAGUGGGAGAAAAUUGAUAUUUAAUAGUUAAAGAAGUGGAUGAAAUUGUAAAAGGU